CUGUACGGAGAUGAAUGAAGCCACCAGAUGCCCACCUUUCGUCUGCAGAAGUUGCGAUGGAGGAAAAAGGAGGGGAGAAAAAGCAAGUGUGAAAGGUAGUGGGUGUGUGCCCGAAGGCCCCGCCUUCGCUUUUCAUUGGCUCUGUGUAUAAGGCAAAGCAAUGCGGCUGCCAGCAGCACAGGCUGAGGAUCUGGGCUCUCUGCAGCACCGGCAAUGGGCAGCAGGUCCCUGCUCGCCCUCCUGGUGGCCCUGAGUGCCUUCCAGCUGGGUGUGUGGGCAGCAGGGCGCUCCAAGGUGAACCCCAGGAUCGUUGUUACUCCCCGAGGUGAGAGGGAGUAUGUAUUUCCCAGGAAUGAGAAGUACCCGGUGUUCUAUCAUGAAACAAACAGCUCAAGCAUCUACGUCGGGGGAGAGGGAAUGCUUUACUACUAUAACUUUGCAACCACUGAGACCUACCAGGUUGACUUCCCUGUGGAAAAUGGAGCACAGUGUUUGAAGCCUGGGAGCCCGGAGGACAAUAAGAACUUCAUCACCUUAAUAGCAAAGCAUGGAAGUGAGAUGUUAGUGUGUGGGACAGGCGCUUGCAAUCCCACCUGCUGGCACUUGGCAGAAAAGGAGAAGGGCUCUCCUCAGGAUGGCAGAGGUCUUGCUCCUUUCACUCCUGAUACCAAUUCCCUCGUCAUCGUUGACUAUCCUGACAUCUACUCUACCAUCAAGAAAAGCCAGCAGAAUGGCAAGAUUCCCCGCUUCCGACGAGUGAAAGGGGAUGGAGAGCUCUACACAAGUGACACGGUGAUGCAGAACCCUCAGUUUGUCAAAGCCACCACAUUAAGGCAUGAAGAGCCUUACCAGGACAAGAUUUACUACUUCUUCCGUGAAGACAAUCCAGAUAAGAGUCCUGAGGCACCCAGAAACAUCUCCCGAGUGGCCCAGCUGUGUAAGGAAGACAAAGGUGGAACCAGUUCACUCUCUGCAUCCAAAUGGACCACCUUCCUGAAGGCCAGCUUGAUUUGUGUUGACCCAGCCACCAAGGGCAACUUCAACUGGCUGCAAGAUGUCUUCUUUGUCCCUGCAAGUAACUGGAGGGACUCCAAAGUCUACGGACUCUUCACAAACACCUGGGGAAGCUCUGCUGUUUGUGUCUAUUCUUUUGGGGACAUUGACAACGUGUUUCGAACAUCCAAACUCAAAGGCUACAACGGUCCCAACCCAGAGAUCAAACCUGGGCAGUGUGUUCCCUUUGGACAGCACACCCCAAGUGAGACCUUCAAGAUAGCUGACAGCCACCCAGAGGUUGAGGACCGGGUAGAGCCCCUCGCUCCCACCAGGAGCCCCUUAUUCCACAACAAGCACCGCUACCAGAAGAUUGGGGUGCACGAAGUCUCUGCAAGCGAUGGACGCCAAUACACCGUGCUUUAUCUGGCAACAGACAGAGGAUCCAUCCACAAGGUAGUGGAGCUGCCAGGGGGUGUGCAUAACAUCAUGGAGCUCCAGGUCUUCUCAAGAAAGGAACCGAUCCAGUCCAUGAUCCUUGACCACGAGAGGGCGAUGCUGUACGUGGGUUCGACCAUGAAAGUGGUGGAGAUCCCCAUGGAUAUGUGUGGGGUGUACCGCAACAACUGCCAGAGCUGCCUGCUGGCCAGGGACCCCUAUUGCGGGUGGGCUGAUGGGCGCUGUCAGUCCAUCUAUCACAACCGGGAGGUACGUCAGAACCUGAACCUGGAGCGGUGGCAAGGAAAGUGCCAGGAGGGUGAACUUAAGGAAGCACACAGCUUCCAGAACAUCACCGUCGUCCCCGUCGUCCCUUUCUCUCGCUACUACCUCAACUGUCCCGUCGAGUCCCACUACGCCACCUACAACUGGUAUCACAACAACACCCUCAUCAAGACCUGCAACAACACCCACCCGCAGCCGGACUGCUUCUAUUUCAUCCAGAAUGUGAGCCACACUCACUAUGGCCACUACAUCUGCGUCUCGGAGGAGGAUGGCUUCAGGCAGGCUCUGGUAAAGGAGCACCUGGUGAACCAGCUCAGGUUUAUGUCUCAGAAGGGCCAGGCCACCAUGACGUUUGCAUCCUGGCUGCAGCUGCUGCUCAUGGUGGUGUUGGUGGAGCUCUUUCACUGAGCAUGACACGGCCGCCUUCCCAGCUGCUGCCACUUCUUCCUGCACUUAACGUCAGGCCAGACCCUCGCUCUCAGUCACUCCUUGGGCACUAACCUUUGACUGUCCCCAACGGGGUCCUGGCUCUGUGGGCAGCAACUCUUCCAUCUUCAGCCUCGGUGAAAGAGUCGGUGUGAGAAAGAGGCAGCUACAGGGCCAGAUGGAGCAGGGCUUGGGGCCAGGGCUGUCCUGUCACAAAAGGGACGUUAACUGGACCCACAGGACUUCAGCCUGUCCCCAGGCACAUGCUGGUAGCUCCAUACUGGUGGUCCUGAGCACGCACCGGGUGCAGACUUUGUUCAGGGGACUAUGCAGAUGUGCAUGCACUGAUCCUCAGGGCACGACGGCUCCUCUCUUUGGGAACGUGCAUGUGAUGAAGAAGAGGAGCCAGCCCUUGGCCUUUUGAACUGGUUGGCCUGCGCUUCACUCCAGGGUGUUAGUGGCUAACAGCCGGCUGAGGUGGCGAGCAGUUGGGAUCUCCCAGUGUCACCCAUUCGGUCCCGUUCUGCUCUGGAAGGGUUUUGUUGGUUGUUCACAGAGGGCUGUGAUGUGGGAGGGUGACCGGGAGGUAGCACUGACAACCUGCAGGGAAAGGCAGGCACAAAGUUAGCGUUUUGCAUGGAUAAGACAUGGAGGAUGACUUAGCUAUAGAUUGGGGGGUGUGGGGGAGGACAGACCAAAGGGCCCUAACCAUUUCCUAGAGACUGGAAGGAGAGGUGGAAGCCCCAGGAGGAGGCCCUGGGGAGAUGUUAAACGCACAAACCCGUGCAGGCAGCUAAGGGGCAUCGCUGUGCGGGCAGCCCUGCUCCCAGUGCCCCUUUCCACAUGGGGAGGGACUGGGCUUCCUCAGGGAAAGAGGAGCCAGGCUGUGGAUCUCAGGGCUUGGCGGCCACUUCCACCCCUGGGUGCUGCAUGAUGAGAAAGGGGAGAGCCAGCACCCCCGUGCUCUGGGCUCUGAGGCCUCCGAGCAAGAUUAAACUGUGAAAUAUGGGAUAUUGUCCCUGUGCCUACACACAAAGGGUGAUCCCACACCUUGUCCGAGCCCUCCCCUGCCCUAUGGACUGCUGGAAUCCCCCCAGCCCUGUGGGCAGAGUGCUGGGCAGGCUGUGCCGCUGGCUGAGCCCCAGGGUCUUUGGGUAAAGCAGGGGGGGUGUGUAGGCAGAGCAGAGCUUCCUACUGCACUACGUUCCCACACAACCCCCAGAGCCUAGCAUAGAGCUUCUUACAUCUCUUCUCAAAGCACUUUAACUUUGUCAACUAACAAAUAACCUAUUUAUUAUCAACGAGCAAUUGCCGUACUCGUCUAAUUUUUUCUAGCGUGAUAAGAAAGCGGGCUCAGAGAGUAGAGAAAGGAGGGGAAAUAAAACAGCUACCAAAAAACAAAAAGCCCCUUUCCAAGCUGUGACCAAAGUGAGAACGUGAUCGUUGAAAUAAAGAGUGGAUGACAGCA